GGAUAAACGGCGUCGAUUGAUCUCCGCCCAACAAUCCCAAUGAUCUGACGGCAAUCGCCAAGGCAAUCUCUGACAACUGAGUAGAUUCGUGACGUCACGGUGUGGAUCCUGUGACACCAGGAAUCUGUACCGCUGACGUCAGCGCCUCCUAUUGCCGUAUUUGCGGGGCCACUACAACAGCCGUUGCCCUGUGACGUAGCGCGCGUCGGUAGAAGUACCGUCGACGGCUUUAAGGAAGGCCGCGUGUUCGUCUGCUGCCGUCGCUCCUCGUCGCAUCCUUUUCGUUCCUCGUCGCAUCCUUUUCGCUCCUCGUGGUUUCGAAGGAAAAGCUUCCGUUGAAGGCUUCCCUCAGAAGCGCGUUUGAAUUGACUCAAAAGCAAGCUUCCCUCAGAAGCGCGUGUCUCCAGUCGCCCUUUUCCCGCGAUUCGUGCUCGCGCCAAUCAUCAUGGCAUCUCUCGCCGCGCAAUCUGUCUCCUGCGAGCUCGGCGCGCUUUCCUGGCAGCGCUCCGCCGUCGCCGGCGGUCUCCCUGUCAGGCGAUCAUCUUCUGUUACUCUAGCCGGAGUGACUAAAACGAAUCGUUCCGUGCGAGCGGCGGCAAACCCCGGCAGCAGCAGCAGCAGCAGCAGGAGUAGCGAAUCGGACGCCAAGCCGUCGAAUGCGGUCAGCCGUCGAUCGCUGCUCGCCGUGUCGCUAUCUGCGGCGACGUUGGCCCCUCUCCUCUCGCCGUCGCUCCCCUCGUUCAGUCUCUUGUCUCCAGCACUCGCUGCUGACGUGGAUCUGUCCCCUGCUGAGCUGGAAGCGGCGGUGCGGCGAGCAGUGGCGAAGGUGGUAACCAGAGCCAAGGCACCGGGCGCUCUGAGGAUAGUGUUUCACGACGCCGGCACAUACGACCUGGCUACCAACACAGGUGGCAUGAACGGGUCCGUUCGUUUUGAGUUGCAACGGCCAGAGAACGACGGGCUCAAGCGCACCAUCAAGGUGCUGGAGAAGGUUCGCCUGGAGCUGGGGCCCCUGGCUAAAGUGGUGUCAUGGGCGGAUCUCAUGGCAGUGGCCGGGGCACAUGCGGUGGAGUCGUGUGGCGGGCCGCACAUCCCAGUGCGCAUGGGCAGGAAGGACGCCAGCGGCCCCGACCCCGAGAACCGAAUGCCAGCAGAGACGCUCAACGCCAAGGAGGUGGCUGCCAGCUUCAAGACAAAGGGCUUCAGCCUGCAAGAGACGGUGUGUUUGCUGGGAGCACACACGCUAGGGGGGAAGGGCUUUGGCGACCCUACCAGCUUUGACAAUGCGUACUACUCGAUUCUUCUUACCAAGCCUUGGCUCGACACGAGCAACAGCAUGGCGGACAUGCUUGGACUGCCGUCGGAUAGAGCAAUAGUGGACGAUGAUGACUGCCUCGUGUGGAUCAACAAGUACGCCAACGACCAGAACCUCUUUUUCCGAGACUUUGUGCCGGCUUACACCAAGCUGGUCAACAGUGGGGCCGUGUGGACAUGACUAGGGCAACAGCGGAUCUGUGUGGGCCGUGUGCCUAGAGCGCUUCUAGACUGUUCUUCCAAGAGACGUUGUGGUGGCUUGCUCCAAGAUGGUCAAGAGUGGUGUCGUGCGGCGUGGGCGUGAGGCAUUGGGGACUUUGCCUGCAAUUGAUUCUUGGUUGGCACACUUGGGAAGUUUUUGCUAUUAUUUUAUAGGGCAAACCAAACCACCACCCCAACCAUGUGUUGUUAGUCUCAGAGUAGAAGAUUGAGUAGAAUGUGUGAUACAGGGUAGUUUUGUCUAAGGGGUUGUACUCUCUAUAAGACUGCACCAACUAGCCUAACAUAU